AUGGCUCUACUUCAACGUCUUGUUGCUCCCUCGGCGCGAGGUGCGCUGCGACAGUCCCCAGCUAUUACCUUGAUGAUUACGCGAAAAUCAUCCAACGCUUCUCCUCCAAAGGCAAAUCCCUCUCUUCUCAAGCAGGAUGUCUGUUACGUCAACGGCGAAUGGGUCAAGGCCAAGUCGGGCAAGACAUUCAAAGUAAAUGAUCCCUCCACCGGCGAUCUCAUUGGUACCUGCCCUGAGUUCGAUUCCAAAGACGCUCAAUUAGCCAUUCGCGCAGCCGCCGAUGCCUUCCCUUCCUUCCGCAAUAAGACAGGCCGUGAGCGCUCUAAGCUUCUGCGCGCCUGGUACGACGAAAUGACCGCCAACGCGGAGGAUAUCGCAAAAAUUAUUACAUGGGAGAAUGGAAAGCCCAUUGCUGAUGCUAAGGGCGAGACAACUUAUGCUGCCAACUUCCUCGAGUGGUUUAGCGAGGAGGCUCCACGAGUAUACGGCGAUACAAUCCCCAGUUCGGUGCCCGGAAACCGUGUCUGGACUAUCAAGGAACCUGUUGGAGUUUGUGGUCUGAUCACACCAUGGAACUUUCCCGCUGCCAUGAUCACCCGAAAGAUCGGACCUGCCAUGGCCGCAGGAUGUACAGUUGUCGCAAAGGCUCCCGCCGAGACACCCUUUACGUCACUAGCCCUCGCCGAACUCGCUCACCGCGCAGGGAUCCCCAAGGGUGUCGUAAACGUUGUGACUUCUCACGAAAACACUCCUGAGCUGGGCGAGCUUCUUACUUCUGACCCCACCAUCCGCAAGGUCUCUUUCACCGGUUCUACCGGAGUUGGCAAGCUUCUCAUGAAGCAGUCAGCUGGUACUCUCAAGAAGCUCUCUAUGGAGCUUGGCGGCAAUGCUCCUUUCAUUGUCUUUGAUGAUGCCGACGUCGAUGCUGCCGUGGCCGGAGCUAUCGCCUCCAAGUUCCGAUCUUCAGGCCAGACUUGUGUCUGUGCUAACCGAAUCUAUGUCCAGCGCGGUAUCUAUGAUGAGUUCGUGUCCAAGUUCACCGAGAAGGUCAAGUCUUUCAGCGUAGGAAACGGUUUCGACCAGGGUGUCACACAUGGACCUCUGAUUCACGAUAAGGCGAUUGACAAGGUCGAGGCUCAUGUAAAGGACGCUGAGAAGAAGGGUGGAAAGAUUACCAUUGGCGGCAAGCGACUCAACGAUCUUGGCUCCAACUUCUACGCCCCUACCGUCAUCCGCGACAUGACUCCCGAGAUGGACAUGGCCUCUCAAGAGACAUUUGGACCCGUCGCUGGUCUCUUCCCCUUCGAGACAGAAGAGGAGGUCGUCAAGAUGGCCAACAACUCCGAGGUCGGACUGGCAGGUUACUUCUUCUCUCGCGAUCUCGAGCGUGUGCACCGUAUCGCUGAGUCUCUGGAGGUGGGUAUGGUUGGUGUCAAUACUGGCCUCAUCUCCGAUGCUGCUGCGCCCUUCGGUGGUGUUAAGGAGAGUGGUUUCGGUCGUGAGGGAUCUCUGUACGGUACCAGUGAGUACCAGAUUACAAAGAUGAUUACAUAUGGAGGCAUGGGUAAGCCUCUUCAGUCAUAG